AUGGCCGACGAGCCGAUGGAGACUACGUGGAUGGGUGUCGCCUGUGCAGCGGCAGGUGCGGUAAUGAUCCCGCUAUUAUUGCAUCGUAUUUUCUUUCCUAAGAAAGUGGAUCAUGAGACGUCGGCAGGCAAUUGCUCGCUUGAUGAAUAUAUAACAAAGCACGGAAUGAAUGAAUUGGAUGCAAAAUUUCAAGUAGCUGUGGACUUUAUUGCUGCAAGAGGCAGCAACAAAAUGACAAAUGAGCAGAAAUUGACACUAUAUGCGUUUUAUAAGCAAGCGCACUUUGGUAAGUGCAGUGUGGAUAGACCAUCUGCAGUGGAUAUGGUGGGCUCUGCCAAGUGGGAGAGUUGGAAAGGUUUGGGUGACAUGAGUCAAGAGAUGGCCAAACAGCAGUAUUUUGAGUGGGUGCAGGAGUUGUUUGAAGAGUUUGACGUGCAUGGUCCAAAGAGAUGGCGCUCAUCGUUGGCUUCAUCGUCGAAGGCGACCAGUGACUCCAUGUCGCUAGAUAACGAAAUGUUGAUGUCUAGAGCUGUUAGUACACCGAAAGUGGACAUGUCGACGGAGGAGUGGAAGGUUAAAGACGAUAUUUUUUACUGUGCGAGCACGGGAAAUUUGGACAAGCUUUUACCUGUUUUGGACAAGGGAGAAGACAUCAACGCUCAGGAUCUCGACGGGCGAACCAUGAUGCACUGGGCUGUUGACCGUAACCAGCAAUCGGUAGUGGAGGAGCUGCUGCGUCGUGAAGCGUCGCCAAAUAUUCAGGACGGUGACGGUAUGACACCUUUGCAUUAUGCGGCGAGUUGCGAGCAUGAAGAGAUGGCACAGUUGCUGGUAAAGCAUGGUGCGCUAGUAGACGUGAAAGACCUGGACGGCGACACCCCGCUCAUGACGGCCUGCAAUGAAGUGCUUCGAUUGAUCAUGGCUGAUGGCUUAACUCGUGACCUUCAGUAA